AUGUUAGCGCUGGUUUCAGUUGAUAAAUUUUUCCGGGCACUCAACACCAACAGCGGAAAUAACGGUGCUGGUGAGGGUACCGAAGAAACCGUGAAUGGUAUCACAACAACCGUUGCCAUGCCACUGACUGGCGGGCCGGGAUUGAAGCCAGCCUCAAUAAUGGAUCUUUUUGGUGGUGGUGGUGGUACGGAAUCCGGAAGCGUAACUCCUCAGAAGCCAACAGAAUUUGUCGAGCCGGAACGGCCAACCCAGGAAGGAAAUGGAGGGUCACUGUUCGGUAUUGAGAAACUGCUUGGACUAGCUGGUGGAAUGACAGUCGAUAAGGCACAAACAAUAACGAAACCAUCAGUAGAAUCCCCGAUAACAGCGUCGAUUGAACAACCCACUGAUCCAGGCGAUAACUUGCUUGGAAGUAUUCUGAACGGACAUUUCGGUGAAAUAGACUGGAUUGGCUCUCUACUUGGUACCAAACAAACGCCGUCACAAGAGGAAGGCAACGCCAUGGCGCAACUAUUCAAAGGUGGCUUCUUCGGGCCAGCAGAUGAUAGUGUGUGA